GGUCACUGUUGCGUUUUUACGCACAACGGCAAGAUGAGCGUCUGGACGUCUCGGUGCGCUCUCCUGACCUGGCUCUGCGUCUUUCUAAACUGUUCGGGCACAGCGUCGACUUUCGAGGUGACACUGCUUCACACUAACGACAACCAUGCCCGGAUUGAGGAGACCAGCGUUGACUCGGGGAAGUGUUCAUCAAGGGGUCCAUGUUUCGCUGGGGUCGCCAGGAGGUUCACUAAAGUGUCGGAGAUCCGGAAAAAGGAGAAGAAUGUUUUGUUCCUGGAUGCUGGAGACCAGUUUCAGGGGACUGUUUGGUUCAACUACUAUAAAGGCGCCGAAGCAGCUCACUUCAUGAACAAACUCGGUUAUGAUGCCAUGGCUUUUGGAAAUCAUGAGUUUGACAAUGGAGUGGAAGGUCUGAUCAAGCCCUUCCUCCAAAAUGUAAAUUGCUCUAUGGUGAGUGCAAACAUAAAACCAGACCAGACCCUGGCCUCAAAACUCAGCGGCUACUACCAGCCCUACACUGUCAUAAAUGUGGGCGUAGAGAAAGUGGCUGUGGUUGGCUACACCACUGCAGAGACCCCCUUCCUAUCCAUGCCAGGCCAACAUCUUACAUUUGAGGAUGAGGUGAAGGCACUUCAGGUUCAGGUCGAUAAGCUGGAAACCUUGGGCUAUAAUAAGAUCAUCGCCCUGGGCCACUCUGGCUUUGCCAUGGAUCAAGAAAUCGCCAAACGUGUGAGAGGGAUUGAUGUCGUUAUCGGGGGACACACCAACACAUUCCUCUAUACUGGAAAACCCCCAUCCACUGAAGUGCCAGCAGGUCCGUACCCUUUCAUGGUGAGAUCCAAUGAUGGGAGGAAUGUGCCGGUGGUGCAGGCCUUUGCCUUUGGGAAGUACCUCGGAUACCUAAAAGUUACCUUUGACCAGGCUGGGAAUGUGGUAAAAGCAGUUGGGAACCCCAUCCUAAUGGACAGCAGCAUUCCUCAAGACCCAGAUAUCCUCGCUGACAUUGAAGAGUGGAAGAAAGACUUGGCUCAGUAUUCCUCCCAGUAUGUCGGACAGACCUUAGUCUACCUCAAUGGGACGUUUGAAGAGUGUCGAUUUCGGGAGUGUAACCUUGGAAACCUGAUCUGUGAUGCUAUGAUUUAUCACAACAUAAAAUAUUCAAGUGAGCUUCAAUGGAAUCAUGUGGGCAUUUGUAUGCUGAAUAGCGGUGCCGUACGGACAGCUAUAGAUGAGCACUACAAAAAUGGUUCCAUAACAAUGGAGGAAAUCCUCACCGUCUUACCAUUCGGAGGGACCUUUGACUUGGUCAAGAUAAAGGGAUCCACAGUGAAGAAGGCCUUUGAGCACUCCAUUCACAGAUAUGGAAGCAUGUCUGGAGAAUUUCUUCAAGUCUCAGGCAUUCAUGUUCAGUAUGACCUUUCCAAACCAGUGAACCAGCGAGUGGUGUCCUUGUCCAUGCUCUGCACUGAGUGUCGUGUUCCCAAAUAUGAACCGGUCGACCCCGAGAAGACGUACACUGUGGUGAUGCCUUCUUACAUAGUGGGCGGAGGCGAUGGCUUUACCAUGAUCAAGGACGAGUUACUGAAACAUAACACAGGUGACAUGGACAUUUCUGUAUUUUCCAAAUACAUCUCGGACAUGAAGCGCGUGUACCCUGCAGUGGAAGGCCGGAUCACGUUCAGGAACUCGGCUUUCGUAGCAGCACACAGCAUGGGUUUGUUGCUGCUGGGUUUAUGUCUGUCUCUGACCCGCUGAUAGCUUUGAACUCUUAAACGGCCUGUACGUUCCUCUGGGAUUUUGCCUUUCAAGGACAGCUAGAAUACAACAAGAUUGAAGAGAAAGCCUCAGUGUAGCUUCUGAAUACAGUGAUUUAAACAACUGAUUUGAAGGGUUUAGGAUGACAGCAUCUUUUGUGCAUGUGUGCAAGAUGUCACAGCUGAAGAAGAAUGAAGAACCUAAAUAUACAUUUGGAAUAUAUGUAAAGGAUAUUAAUAAUACUGUUAAUUUAAACAUGCAUGCAAGUUAGUUUAGUCGAGUGUCCAACUUUGUAUUGAGUUAACAAAUAAAGGGAAAGCUGUCUAGCUGCUAUAUAUCUGCCAUGAAUAGAGAUGGAGGGAAAUAAGCCAAAGCCUGAAGUAUUAAUGCACUGAAUGUGAAUAUUGUUUGAUCUAUUGUAGUUUAAGACUGUCUUCAAUCCUAAACUCAGAUUCAUUAUGGCUGCCACAUGAUUGAUUUUUUAAAACAGCACUGUGCCUGCUCAUCUAAUCUCAUAAUAAUAAUAACAAUAUUGCUACAAAAGCAUGGCCAUCUUCAAGUUGGAUGAACAAAUAUAUUGCUAGAGUAGUUAUAUUGUAGAUAUGAUCCGUAAAUAAGCCAUGAAUUUGCUUCUUCUCAUGAACAUUACCUUUUUGAAGCUCUCCUUCUAUGCACUUGUUCGAAUGUUUUUCUUUGCCGAGAACCAAACCCCCCGAGCUGAUGGGAUCAAAUACUUUGUUCCAAACACUGAUGCUCUUCUGGUUUCGUCAUUGCAUCCCGUGUUGCCAGCAGUCAUCUUUAUAAAGUACUUUUGUAAGCCUUUUAGAAUAUAUUUUAAAAGGGAAAUAGAACGCCCUUCUCAGGUAUUCUUUUUU